UUUGAGGCAGAGGCAGCUGCCUUUGCGUCAGCUGGUCUUUCUUUACUCAACUUGUACACAAAGUUGUGAAAGUCGUCCAAAGAACUUUAUUGGUGGGGUAAAAGUGGCAGCGUACAAAAGUAACCGGACCGGGGGGGGGGUUCCACUCGUCGCGUUGCGACUCGGCCAAGUCUCGUGACGUGGUUAGGAAAGUAACAAUUCCUCCCGGGCUAGCUUGUUAGCCAUUUGUUUGCAGUCAUGGCUUCUAGGCAGCCGAGUUCCAACAGGCAGCGAGCGAACGAACAGCAACCGGACGACGACGAAGACGACGACUCAGACGCCGAGGAGUCCGGCCCGAGCCGCAGCCCCAGCCCGAGUCCGAACCCGAGCCCGAGCCGGAACCCCAGGAGGUCCCAGAUCAUUCACAGCGGACACUUCAUGGUGUCGUCGCCGCACAGCGAACACCCGCCGAAGAAAGGCUACGACUUCGACACCGUCAACAAGCAGACUUGUCAGACGUACCACUUCGGCAAAGCAAGCACGUCUCACAUCUCCAUCGACGCCUCGCUCACCAAACUCUUCGAGUGCAUGACGCUAGCUUACAGCGGUAAGCUGGUGUCUCCCAAGUGGAAAAACUUCAAGGGUUUAAAGCUGCUCUGGCGGGACAAGAUCCGCCUCAACAACGCUAUCUGGAGGGCGUGGUACAUGCAGUAUGUGGAGAGAAGACAAAAUCCCGUUUGUCACUUUGUAACCCCUUUGGAAGGAAACAUUGACCUGGAAGCCCAUCGUACCUCGGAGAUGAUCACCACCGAGGGCAAGUGCUGGAAGAGAAGAAUCGAAGUGGUCAUCCGAGAGUAUCACAAAUGGAGGACCUACUUCAAGAAAAGAUUACAGAAACAUAAGGAUGACGACCUUUCAAGUUUGCUCAAGGGGCCCGAGGAGCAGUUAGCGCUGUUCGGGGAAGUCUCUCCAGACACGCUCCGUGCUUGCUUUUGUCAGGAUGAAGAUAGUCCGGCCCCCGUGCCCAUGGAGCUGGAGGGCUUCUUCGACGUGGAAGUCCUGAUGUCCGAGGUGUCCGACACGCUCUUCUCCACCUUGGUGUCGCACCAGCCCGCCUCCUGGCCCAAUCCCAAGGAGAACGCUCAUGCAGUGAAUGCAGACAUGAUUCAACCAGGACUCUUGCAGUUACAGCCUAACCUGGAUUUUUCUUUUGAUCCACUACAAGACUUAUUUCACAGCUUCCGUACGCCCGUCUUCCUCCCCGUUUCCCCCACCGCACCGUCAGUCACCCCAAUGCCCAGCAGCAGCUCUCCGCCGCAGCUCACGGACGGCCACAUCCCGUCUCCCGUGACGAGCGCGACCGGCACCAUCGCGGACAACUAUUUGCCUCUUUAUCCUGGCCAUUCGACACUUAGCGACCACGCCGCCAUCUCCUCCCACGAUCCUCUGGUGCCGCAGUGCCCGUCGGCGGCCUCGGGCGAAAGCGGCGCGACCUCUCGGGCUUCCGGAUGCGCCGCUCCGCCCCGGCCGUCGUCCGUGGCGCCGAUGCCGGGCACGCCGGCCGCCGGCGGCCCCCCGCCGCCACCGCCUCACACCUUUGCCCGUCCUAGAUAUCUCCAGCCGCCCGACGCCAACAAAAAACGAGACUUGAAGAAGAUUACCCCGGCCAACUCUGUCUCUCCGCAGCAGCUCUUCAUCACAGGUGUCAUCCCAGGCAUGAAAACGGAUGUGGCAUCGUCUCCCGGUGUGCUGAUCGCUCAUUGCGGCGUGGCUGGUGGAUUCUACCAGAAGUCUCCUCAGUGCAUCGUUCCCUUCGAGAAAUCCUUUUCCUCCAGCCAGAGAAACCAGGAGGUGGCUUCAGUUCAGGGCCGGCCAAGUUCUCCUUGUGCUUUAGAUCAAGUUACUAGUCCGCAAUCACUGAUCAGCAGCAGCAGCAGCAGCAGCACAACAGCCCUGAUCCCGAGGAGAGCGCACAUCGCCGAUCAGAAGAGACGAUCAAAUAUAAACCAUUCCUUCAAAACGCUGGGCGGCCUGGUUCCCAGCCUCAACUCGCAAGCCAAUAUAAGUAUUGCCGUCACAAUGCAGAAGACGGUAGAGCACAUCGAGAAGCUCAAACAGGAGCGGGAGCAAAUGCAGGAAGAAAUCAGUAAGCUGCAGGAGGAGAUUGUCAGCCUCAAGGCCUCCAUCAACCAGUGUCACGACCAGAUGCCGGCCACGGGAGCUCAGGUCACGCAGCGACGCUUCGACCACAUGCGGAGCAAGUUCAAUGAGUAUGUCAAGCAGCGUUCCCGGCAGAACUGGAAGUUCUGGAUUUUCAGCGUCAUUAUCACGCCCCUCUUCGAGUCCUUCAACAAGAUGGUGUCGACCGCCAGCGGAACCGAGCUUUGCAAGACUACGCUGGAGUGGCUGGAACGUCACUGCUCUUUGGUCGCGCUCAGGCCCCUGGUCAGCAGUAGCCUCUGCUACCUGAGCACCAGCACGUCCAUCCUCAGCGAUCCGUCGCGCUUGCCCGAAGAAGCCGUCCAGGCCUUGAGGCGCGCCGACUCGGAGCCUCCCUCUCAGACCGCUUGAUCGCGGACGACUCUUCCGUUCGUCCUCUUACUCGGAACUCUCAGGAUUGACGCUCACCUGUUUAAAGUAGGAGGGCGGCGGCGGCGAACGAUCCAGUACUUCCUUCGGGACAAAGAAUCCAUUUGAAGACUCCCCAGAUCGGUCCGAAUGGAUCGGAUGUCUAAUGCCAUUGAUAGUUAAAUGGAAAGACACCAUCUUGUAUAAACCAAUUUCCCAGACCUCUGAUGAUGUUAGUUCUACCCAGGCACAUACACACUGGCUACGUUUACAUGGACAAAAAUUCCUUGGUUUUUCGGAUUAAAAAUGAUGCUCGGACGCUAAAAAUAUGAAGCCGAAGAGGAGUUGGAUCUUCAAAUGAUUUUGACUUGCGUAGAUUGACGCUGCCUCAAUGAAGUGUUGUCACUGUGGUAAGAAACUUUUUUUUUUUUUUAAUCAUCAAUUUGCACGUUUUUUUGGGGGGCAGGGUGCCAGCAUAACAUUUUGCACGCAUUUCUAAAAAUCUUUAGGUGUUGGCUAAAAUGUUCAGUUACCAACAAAAAUGGACUUUGCUGUUUGAUGCAUUCUCCCCUUGUUGUUGUUGUAGAUGAGUGAACACUUUUGCCCGUGCAAGCAAGUUUUUCUUGUGCUACGACAACAAAAGCAUAAGCGUCAUUAUCAAAUCGGUAAGGUUGAUCUUUCCCAGAGCAAGUGAAGGCAGCCUGACCAAAUGGAUUUCAUUUACCGAUGAAAGUGAGAGAUUACAUUGAGCGGCGAAGGCCAAAUGAAGCUUUGCAGUCAAUCCAUUCAAAGCUUUGUGGUGUUUCAUUUGCUCUCAGGUGGUCUUGAAACCCAAGAGGACAACAAUUAUGUUGGAGAAAAUAAUAUGAAUGUGCUUGUGUGACUAUAUGAACAAAACGCAAUAAGAUUGUUCUUUUUUUUAAUUAGAAAUAAUGGCUUUUCCACAGUGUUUUAAACAUGUUGUUGUGGAAAUACUACAUUUCCAAAAUAUACAAUACAAGUAGUCCCCGGAUUACAAACGAGCUCCGUUCCUACGCUGGCGACGUCACCCGAAUUUCCGCGUAAAUCAGAAUCAACCUUCUAAAACAUGUAUUGUACGUCAUUGUACUGUCCCCGCCAAGACGUCGGAGCCAAGUCCUAGCUCGACAUUGAGCUAAGCUGCAUCUCUCUCUCUGCUGCGCCACUUCUUCGUGGCCGCAAAUGCAACCUUCCUCGCGUGCGCGCAAAUGAGUUCGUCUUUUGUGUGUACAUGCGCUCUUACUCGCUAGCGGAAGAACUACGGCGGUACCUCGACAUACGAUCGCUUCGACACACGAUCUUUUUGACAUGCGACGUAAAAUUUGCCUCGCCUUUUGUUUCUACAUCCGACGACGUGCUCGAAAUACCACCAUUUUUUGACAGCGCCGGCCGCAGUUUCUUUGUUUUGCCGGAAGACGGACGCACGCACGGCUGAUUUUCUUGUGAGAGACAAAGAUCCAAAAAGGUUGGUGCAGAUGGAGGAAAAAAAAAAAAGGUGACGCUUACCAUUGAAAUGAAGACGUAAAUGACAGCAAAAUAUAAGCAUGGCGUGCGCAUCCAAGAACCGGGUCGACAAUAGGGCCGUCGAUCUCGGCCGUUGGCCAAAGUGCCAAUUCUUCUCGUGGUUACAUCGCCAAAGAAAUCGCCAGCCAGCUUGGUCAGGUUUCUAAUCAUUUAUUCCAUCAACUUGUGCAACGCAACACGCCUCGUGUCCCCCGCAGCAAGUAAACAAAAUGAAAGUAUAAAGGCUCACUCCGUCAAGUCAGCCACACGAUGCGUUCAGGUACACCACAAAAAACACAUUCGCCGCAUUAUAACCCGGCUUGUUACAUUAUUGCAGGUGUUAUUAUUAUUUUGAUUUUUAUUCAUUAUUGAUUUGUUUUGCUCUUUGUAAUUGCUAUUUGCAAUAGUAACAGCAGUAUAUGCUAAGGAUUUAGUGUAGGUUUUUGGGCUGUGGAACAAAUGAAUGACGUACGACCAUUUCGACUUACAAACAAGGUCCUGAAACGAAUGAACUUCGUAUGUAGAGGUAGCUGCUUUCUGCUUCCUGCGCCAAGAUAAAAGCGUGCAUCGCAAAACAAAAGUCACUAUGAUCAAAUAGACAUUUCGCCAAAGGGCAGAACUGUCAUAUUCAUAAAAUUUAAGUAGAAAAUAUCAGAUACUGCGAGGUACAAUAAGGUACCGUCUAAGCGACUUGCACCAAACCAACUGGAGACAAAAUGGCGGAUGACACUCCGGCGUCAUAAAGUGGAAAUCACGUAACCCGGGGACAUACAGUAUAUUGUGAUUUGGGGCCCCUGGCCACACGUUGGCCUAGUCACCCAGGGCCACUCACUGGGCCGGCCGGCCUGGUCUUGCGCCUGGCUUCUUCCCUUGGCCCACUCCACUGCUUCUACUAGCUUCCGGGAAUACCAGACACUGACGUCACAGGUAAAGACUGUUUUGGAACAGGCAUCAAGCGCCCCUCUCGUUGGGAAAAUGGAUGGGGUUAGAAUCUUCCCAGCGGUACUUAUUCCCGUCGGGCUUUUCAUCCCAAUAACGGUGUCCGUGUAAACGUAGCCACUGAUAGACUGUGAUGAUGGCUAUUAAGGACAGGCUCAUUUGUUAGGCUAAAAUAGUAUUUUCAGAAACUGCCCCCCCCCACUAUUACACAGCACAAAAAUGAAAUGUUGCUUUACUGUACACGGACGAUCAAAAUGUCGUCUCUAAGUACAACAGCCGGGCUUUAGAUUGGAUUUUUCUACUAGCCACAUCAUUUCCAGCCCUCAUCGCUCAAAUGGCACAUGUCAGAUGCCUUUUUAAAGGUGCUUGAAAUACAAAGCGGAGCUUCAAAAUGACUCCACUCGCUGUAUGCAUAUCACGGUGAUUCCAUCCAAAAUGACCACAAUCAGGGAAGUCAACUUUAGCCAGUGAGGACUAAACGCUUAGGAUCCAACGGAAAGCCUAAAGGAGCACAGCGUGCCGGGAGACCGCAAAUGCAUAGGCGACUCGUUCCGGUCGGCGUCAUUUUAAAGUCACUUGCCGUAGUAUUUCGCAGCACCUUUUAUAUGUACACAGUAUACAUGCAUUUUGAGUGGAUAUAAAUAUUUGUCUCACCUAUUCUAUUUGUUUGUGUACCAAUUUUUCUAUCGGUCAGCAAGAUUUUUUGUCUUCAGCCGGCUGGCACCUUGGCAAUAUUAGCCAAUGUCAUAUUUGGUCCUCGUGUCGUGUUUCAUUAAAAAAAGAAAAAAAAAACUUGUUCGGUGAACAUUUUUCAAGUCUUUUUUUUUACCUGCAACGUAAUUUCAUUAUACACAAAAAAUGUUUGGCUGAAAAGGAAAUGAAUGAAAAAAAUUGGACAAGGUCCAAAAAAUGUGUCGGAUGUCAUGCACCCUCAUUGGAAAAAGUGUGGGGGUGUACAUGCGUACGUUCAAUUUCAGUGGAAACGGAUGUCAUUGUGUAACAAAGCCACUUUGUGAAUUGAUCACAGUAUUGCAAAAUAUUGGGAGCCACCUCACACCAAUGACAUAGAAUUAAAAAAAACAAAAAGCUAGGCUUGCCUCCAGCAACCGCCAUGAAGAUAAGUGUAGGAGGAAUGACUGAAAUGAAACGGUCACCAGUAAACCAAUCCGUCAAGUGCACGAGUCCUCAAGACACUAGAAGAGGAAUAAAGUUUGGACGGGCGAUACAACUCAUUGCCCUGUCCUCAAUAAGUGUAGGAGGAAUGACUGAAAUGAAACGUUCACCAGUAAACCAAUCCGUCAAGUUCAUGAGUCCUCAAGACACUAAAAGAGGAAUAAAGUUUGGACGGGCGAUACAACUCAUUCAUUGCCCUGUCCUCAAAAAAGUUCAAGCCGUGGCAUUUUGCGUUGAGUCAAACGAAUAUGCGGAAGGCAGUUUGCCGGAAUGCUUUGGGUAUCAAAAUCCCCACCAAUUUCAUGAUGAAUAAUCAAGGGCAUUAAACAUUGCGUUUCCUUCUUGCAUUUUUUUUGCAUUGUGAAAUUUUGUCGGUGUGGUCGACUUUACUUGCAAAAUGGCCAUUUCAGUCAUGGAUGGUGAAAAAACAAACAAAUGUUAAUAAAUAGUCAAAUGUAGGCCUACAACAAAAACAUUGUCAAUAAAUAGAAAUGUCAUCAGGCGGUUCCUAACACCAGUUCGGGUGCGAAUCGGUGAAAUCUUCCACCCAUUUGCGAGUGUAGUAGAUGAUUCGGAGUCCUCGUUCUUUCAAAUUGUAGUCGUGCGGAUCGGCGGCUGUCAUUCGCCGCGGGCAGCGGCGGCAUUUAUCCCGUCGGUCGAAUUGCCGGUACGCCGACAGCUUCACGGCAUCCUUGAAUUGCCUGGAAAAGGUCUCCACGUGCUCUAUGAGCCUCUCCGAGUGCAGUAGGCUCACGUUCCUGAUGAUGGACGGCAGGUGUCGCUCCAGGUAGCAGCCGAUGGAGCAAACGGAGUUUCGGACCUCGCCGCUGCCGUUCCCGACGGGGAUGCUUAUUCCUUCGACGGGAUCCAAGUUGUCCUCUGUGAAGUUCCUGUUGAAUACGUGAUCCACCUACAGGAGAAAGGCAAAAAAGGUCCCAUUUUACUGUUGAGAAGAAUAGUGGCUUUUGUCUGGAUGGAAAAUGUGUUUUGGUCUCUCUCACGCCAUUUGACAUUUGGCUGUUUCUCAUGAAAGCUACACAUUACAGUCAUGAAGGACACAGACCAAAAGAAUAGAAAAGCCCUUUAUAGUCAUUAUACCGUUGUACAAUGAAAUUGUGGAGCAUCUCCCUUUACAGUGCAGGACAAGUCGAAAAAAUCUUGAAAGUGGCUUGCAAGAAUAAAAGUAUAAAAUCUAUCAAAUAUGUCUGAGGUAGUUCUAUGUUCAGGCAGUGCAAAUAAUUGAAGUAAAAGCAGUUGAACUUGACAGUGAAGGCAUUGUAUAUUGCAGAUGAAUAUUGCACGUAAAGAAGUAUUGCACAUAGAAUAUGUGUGAACAGAAGUUGCAGAAGUUGACAGUGAAGCAUUGAAUAUUGCAAUGAGUAAGUAUUGCAUGUAAAUGAGUAUUGGACAUUGGGUGAUGUGGUGUUACUGUUCAGGGUGGAGAUGGCUUUAGCAAAGAAACUGUUCCUCACUCUGUUUGUUCUUGCUUUUAAACACCUAAAGUGUCUAUGGGUGAAUUUACAAGGGUUAAAUCAGUCGGAAAAGCUAUUUUACAACACCAAACGGUUACGUCUCGGCGAAAAAUGAACUUCUUCGUCGACAUCUGGAUCGUUUUUUAGGUAAGCUUGAUGAGAACGGACGGCAGUUGUGUAGAAAAUACUCUUUGAAAGUAACUCACGUAAUCUUUUUGCGCCAUCACCAAAUGGCAGAGGGCGGGCGUCAAGUCCCGCAGGUUGCGCCGAAGCGCGGCGUGCGCGUCGUCGCUGCAGGACAGCGGGUGCGGCCGCAGAAAAACGAGAAGAACUAGCGGUAGAUUCAGCGCACCUGUCGGUAAACUCAUGAUGCUCCCUGACAAUGUCAUUUGACAAAGCUUAUAUAGAUAGAGUUCCAAAAAAAAACUUGGCACGGCGACAAGAAUGUUUCACAAUUUGCCCUGGGCAGAAUGAGGCAACCGUCUGGCAGUGAAAAUAAAUGACACUUGUGACCUAGUGAAAAUCAUAUUUUCAUUUGAUCUGCAAAGGUAAAACAAACUCCUAAUAUUAUUCGAAGGGAAAAGCCCGAAGGGUCUACGGAGAAUCCAGAGUGCCGAUCGCUGCUCACGGCGGGCGACGAGACGAUCGGAUCGAAAGGGAAAUUCCUGAGGGGGAAGGAUUGUCGGCUGGAAUUUUUUUUUUUCUAACAUUUCGCAACGGAGCCUUCCUUACAGGUAGAGCGACCGGCGUCGGGCUUCACUCGACACCGAUGACGUGCGGCGAAGUUGGCGGCCGACGUCACGGGCCCCUUCCGCGAACCCUCAGGAGCGGCGCAUUGGCUAUUUCACAAGGGUUACGGUUAGGAAAGCCCGUUUGGGGCGGCGUGCGUACGGGAUCGGGUGAAAGAGACGGCCAUCGGCGAUUUACCUGCCGUCAUCAGGGAACGGGCCAGCGGGGCAGGUGACGUCUACAGGGACAGGGCAGGGAGCGACUACUCCCGGCCCCGUUCUUGGUUUGCCUGUUUUUUUCCACCGGUUGUGUAAAUGACAAAUAUGAACUUGAGGAUCGAGGCGCUUCUUUUGAGGAGCACCUCGUGGCGCUUUGGGAGAUGUGCUCUGGUCAACCUGUGUUUAAUGGCGUCUUCCUUAACGAAUGCAUAUAUUUGAGAUGAUUAUUGCUUAUAUUUUUGUUCCUGAAUUGUGUGUCAUCAUCUCCUGUUUGUUACGAGAAUAAAAGAACCUGUAAAAAGAAAAAAAAAUGUUCCCUCCCUUCGAAUCAAUUCAAAUUCAUUUGUAUAGCCCUAUUUCACAACAAGGUUGUCUCAGAGGGCUUUACUGAAUCAAUUUGAUACACAGUCAGAUACAGUAGAUGAAUGAGAUGAGUUAACGUCCUGGGCAUCCCCCAUCCUUAGACCCUCCAUGGUGGCAAGGAAAAACUCCAAAAACCCAUUGGGAAAAGAGAAACCUUGGGGAGAACCACAGUCAGCAGAGAUCCACUCCCAGGACGGACAGGCUAUAGAUGCACCAGGACUGAUGAUGGGUAUUAGCAGAAGGAGUUCCAGUUUGUAGAGAUGCAGUGGGGUGAGGGAACAUGAGGAGGUCCAUCUAGCCAGAUGAGACGGGGGGGUGCAACGAGGACGUCCAUCCAGCAAGGGGUCAGAAUAAUCAGGCGGCUGCAGCUGAAAAAGUAGCCCCUCAGGGGAUUUUAGAAUUAUAAAAGAGAAAUAAAGUAAAGACAAGUGGUAGGUAGAAUGAAAAACAGGGGAUAGGACUCAGACCUCAGGGGAUAGGACUCAGACCUUUCUACUUCACCUGACUGGCUGGCUGGCAGACUGACUUGCUGAGAGAUUAUUUGGUUUGCAAAUGGACUAACUUUUCUCAUGUUUAAUUUUGUUUCAAAUGGUGUAUGCACUGGUGGUUCCCCUUUUUAAGAAGGGGGACCGGAAGGUGUGUUCCAAUUAUAGAGGGAUCACACUCCUCAGCCUCCCCGGUAAAGUCUAUUCAGGGGUGUUGGAGAGGAGGGUCCGUCGGGAAGUCGAAUCUCUGAUUCAGAAGGAGCAGUGUGGUUUUCGUCCCGGCCGUGGAACAGUCGACCAGCUCUACACCCUCUGCAGGGUCCUCGAGGGUGCAUGGGAGUUCGCCCAACCAGUCUACAUGUGUUUUGUGGAUCUGGAGAAGGCGUUCGACCGUGUGCCUCGGGGAGUCCUGUGGGGGAUGCUUUGGGAGUACGGGGUACCGAGCCCCUUGGUACGGGCUGUUCGGUCCUUGUACGACCAGUGUCAGAGUUUGGUCAGCAUUGCCGGGAGUAAGUCAAAUUCGUUCCCAGUAAGGGUUGGACUCUGCCAAAGCUGCCCUUUGUCACCGAUUCUGUUCAUAACUUUUAUGGACAGAAGUUCUUGGCGCAGCAGAAGCGUUGAGGGGGUAUGA